AUGAAAGGCACCAGUAUGCCCAAACCUGUCCAGUAUGAGAUGACCAUGAAAAGGCACCAGUAUGCCCAGACCUGGUUGUGGUGGGAUGACCAUGAAAGGCACCAGUAUGCUCAGACCUGGUUGUGGUGUGAUGACCAUGAAAGGCACCAGUAUGCCCAGACCUGGUUGUGGUGGGAUGACCAUGAAAGGCACCAGUAUGCCCAGACCUGGUUGUGGUGUGAUGACCAUGAAAGGCACCAGUAUGCCCAGACCUGGUUGUGGUGGGAUGACCAUGAAAGGCACCAGUAUGCUCAGACCUGGUUGUGGUGGGAUGACCAUGAAAGGCACCAGUAUGCUCAGACCUGGUUGUGGUGUGAUGACCAUGAAAGGCACCAGUAUGCCCAGACCUGGUUGUGGUGGGAUGACCAUGAAAAGGCACCAGUAUGCCCAGACCUGGUUGUGGUGGGAUGA